AGCAGUUCAUCACUAGUUUUUUCCAUUCACUUACCAAAACCAAACAGAAAAACAAAUCCUAAUUUUGUUAAUCUUAAUAUUCAGUUUCUUUAACCAUUUAUAAUUCCUUUUAUUAUUAACCAGUGUUUAUCUCAUCGUUCUUCGUUGGUUCGUUCUCUUGUUCUUGUGUGGUUCGAUCUCUUUGUGCAGGAGGAAGGCUGACCUAGCACUUUCGAGGAGGGGAAAGAGUCCAAGGCUUCAAGGGUAAAAGGCUUCAACAGUCAUCGGAUUGACAUGGCUGCGGUCGAGGAAGCACAGCAACCACUUUUGGAUAAUAAUGCAGGGGGAGGAGGAGAAGGAUCAAGUUCAACUGCCCCAAAGCCAAAACAACCGAAAACCCCAGCACAAAAGGCCAUUAGAAAGACCUUCAAAGCCACAGCCCAUUUGUCUAAUCUUCUCCCCACGGGGACCGUCCUCGUGUUCCAAAUGUUCUCCCCCGCUUUCACACGCCAAGGGAAGUGCUCGGCCAUCCUCAACCAAACCAUGACUCUGCUCCUCCUAACGUUCUGCAGCCUUACCUGCUUCCUUUUGUGCUUGACCGAUAGCUUGAGGGACGAACGAGGCAAGGUGCGAUACGGGUUGGCAACAUUUAAGGGGUUGUGGAUGCUCGACGGGUCCAAAAUCACAAUUGCGCCGGAGGAGGCAGCUAAAUAUAGGCUAAAGUUCAUAGAUUUUUUCCAUGCCUUCAUGUCCAUACUUGUAUUUGCUGCGGUGGCAAUGUUUGAUAAAAAUGUCGUCAAUUGCUUCUACCCCAAGCCAUCGGAGGAGGCCAGGCAGCUUUUGGUGGCGUUCCAUGUCGGAACCGGUAUCGUAUGCAGCUUACUGUUUGUUUUAUUCCCCUCCAGACGCCAUGGAAUUGGCUUCCCUCUCUCUCGUAGCUAGCUUGAGAGAAUAAAAGUCCAGGAAAUUUUUAGGAGAAAGUAGAUUCUCAUCUCUCUUUUUUCAGCUUCAUUGAUUGAAGUCUUAUUCAUUUUUAAAUUUUAAUCAA